CGUGUGUACACCACUACAACAACUUUCUCCUUCUCUUUUUAUGCAAUCUGGACUGUUUUGGAUGCUGAGCAUUCAGCAGGAAAAUGAUGAUUGCACGCAGGAAGUGGAGGUUGAGGUAGACACAGCACUAUAAAACACCUGACUAGAAGAAGUAGUUUUAAGAUUUGUAGCAGAGAAGUAGCACGUUAGACCCGCAGAUAAACCAGAAAAGAUGACGGUUUUAAUGGACGUUAAUUCAGCGCUUACUGCGUUGAUACUGGCAAUAUGUACAUGCACGUAUCUGCAGCCGUCUUUCUCGUUCAUAGAUCCGAAGAAGCCAGGGUUUGGAGGCGCAGCUGGACGAUUCGCCGUAAUCGGUAAGCGACUGAGCCCCUACGUGUCGGCCGCAUGCAUGAUCAUGGCUGUCGUUACGCUGGUUUAUAGGUGAUGCUGCUUUGGCAACUGCUGCCUUGCGAUAGAUGAUGUCUUCUGACAUUGGACUCACACCAGCAUGAACUUGAACGUGUCACCUACGCCAAUCACGCUCCUGUCGACUCAAAGUAUUUUGAUGUGAUAAGAUGAAACCCGAAACGGAAUAAACCCUACCGCUACCCAUACCCUCCGUCGUCCCUAUAACUUGUCCCUCUACAACGUCUCCCUAAACGAUCGCGUCUACUAUAUUCACCAGCGCGGUGUUAAUUCAAUCUUUAUCUUUAUGCGUCCUAUGGCAACAGC